UCAGCGCUCCACUGACGAGGAUAAAGCGGCGCGAUAAAGUUUGUGGGAGAAGUUCCACCUCUUCGCAACGACAGAAAACUUCGGGCGCCGCUCGGCCUGUUCUUUGCGCGUUCGUAUGCAGGAACGAUGCAACACAGAUUUCCCUACGACAAUUUGAGGAUUAAAUCGUGCUGGAUAUUCACGGAUGGAGAACCUCUUGUUGAGGGAUAAUGUAGCAGUGUGCUUAGUGCACGUUUUUACGCGUUCUGUGAAUUUAAAGUUGGAUUAUGUCGUUCGAAUGAAAAGAGGUGUGACAUUGGUGCCGUUCUCUUGGUGAAGUGGCUGCAGAACCGCGUUUGUGUUUGUGUUGCGCGGGCAGAGAGUUUGGCAGCCUGUAGAGAGUGUUAAACAAAAACAGACCCCAGAGCAACGUAUCGCCUCAUCAACACGAGGAAAAAGAGAGAGAGAGAGAACGUCGCGCCCAUAAAUCCACUGGUCGAAGGUGGUUCAGAGGUUGAGACGACGUCGAAGCGUUCGGCUCAGGUCCACACUCACGGCAGGAAUCUGUUUCCAUGGAGACCACAUGCGGGGAUGCGAUGGAGAGAGUUGGGAUUUCGCACGAAGAUGCACCCGUCAACUGUACGCUGCAGCCAAACGCUACUUGUUGCACUGUCGCUGAAGUGCCGACGGAUGGUUGGAUCUUUGACCGUACAGACGUCAAGGUCAUACUGGUUGUGGCAUACACUUUCGUCUUCUGCUGCUGUUUUUUCGGGAACCUGCUUGUGAUAUCGGUGGUCUGCCUGAAUCGUCGCAUGCGCACCACCACCAACUUCUUCCUGACAAACCUGGCAUUCGCUGACCUGUGCGUGGCCAUGUUCUGCGUCUACCAGAACCUCUUCUUCUACCUCACUCCUCAGUGGGUGUUCGGUGACUUCCUCUGCCGCAUGUACCACUUCGUUCACGGGCUCAGCUACACCGCUUCCAUUCUAAUUCUCACAAUUAUCUGCGUCGAACGCUACAUCGCCAUCGUCCAUCCCAUGUGGAACAAGCAGGUUGUCACUAUGACCAGACUACGUUUCGCCAUCGUCACUGUGUGGUUCAUAAGUGCCGCGUACUGUAGUCCCCGCAUAGUUAUGUACGGAACAGUCGAAGCCGUUGUGGGUGACACUCAAGAGGCGCUGUGUGUCAUGCAACGCGCUCUGUACAACUCAAAAACGUACGACCUCGUCAACUUUGUGGUCUGUUUCGUUAUUCCGCUUAUCGUUAUCAGUGUUCUCUACACAAUCAUCUGUUACCACCUCUGGCACGGGCCGACCAUCGUGGCUCAGCGACGUAAGGAAUUCACGGCUGACUUGAACAACCAGUGUAAAUCCGCUCGUUGCAAGGCUUGCGUCGAGACAACGACCGAACCUUCUAGACCUCGAUGCCAAGAGUAUACCGAAACGUUGGUUACACAGCACAGCAGAGCACAGCAAGGUUCGACAGUGACACUCACCGUCCCCUUCACGUGCAACGAGUGUUCCACGUUGAGUUGUGCGGCUAGUUGCAGAAGUUCCUCCCUUGUGCCGCCUUUGAAGAAGAAGAAGAACUGUCCUCUUAAGGUGAGCAGCUACAGCAACGCUUGCUCAGCGCUUCGGCCUCGACGUAAGGUGAUUCGUCUGCUUGUGGUGGUUGUGUUCAGUUUUGCAAUGUGCAACCUGCCAUUUCACGCGAGGAAACUGUGGCAGUACUGGUCGACGGAGUACAAUGGCUCCAGCACGACUGCUGCUAUUCUAACCGUGGUGACGAACCUCGUGCUGUACCUGAACUCGGGACUCAAUCCUUUUCUGUAUGCUCUUUUUUCAAAGAACUUCCGCAAGUCUAUGGCUGACUUGCUCUUCUGCCGUGCACAGAGAAAGAGGUUAAAGAGCAGGUCCUCGUUUCAAGCCAUGUCUAAGUCGCUCAAUUCGGGUGCUAAUCAUAGCUUCUCCGCUGUACAGAGCCCUAGAGGACAGCAGCAAUGAAUGAAGACAAGGUGUUGUGUCCGCGAGUGUGUAGUGUAGGUAUACCUGUGCUGAAAGUGUGCUUCCGAGAGCUGCAGUGCUCAAGCUUAAAGGGGAUGUUCGUUCUUGAGCAUAAUUGAACUCAAUUUGCCAGGAGUGUCUGACUCCAAACAACUCCCCUGUGAGCGUCUUCGCUCGAGAUCGCUGUAUUUUCAGAGUUAUACGUAUUUCGUGGGUGCGGCCUUGCGGUGGCAGGGCCACGCAUGCAGUGAAGAGCAAGCGUUAGGACCUCCAUGGACCAUUUGAAGCCAGACGAAAGAGAACGGCUCCGUGUAGUUACACUGACUUCAUGCGUAUAUCUCCUCGCACGGGAUCUUCAAACCAUGUGUGUUCCAAUGAUUUGUAAUGUCCGUAAUGAACUAUAUCGUUCAAGUCUAUGAAAAGUGGAGCAAUGCUUCGGUUAACUACUGUAUGCGCGACGUGUGGUAGCGGAAACACCGAAUUGGUCCUUGGUGAGCGAACUGUCCUUUUAAAGAAAGAAAGAACAAACAUGAAUAAUUUGGCGUGUUCGACAAACACUGUUCAUUAGUGGCCUGUUGGCUAGGAAACAAUUCACUCGACCUGCAUGUGUGUAUAAAGUGAAGAGAUGAAUUGUUGGAAUGAAGUUUUAGUCAAAAAUGGUUGUAGACUUCGUACUGAAAUUUAUGUACGAAGUUUAUUUCCUCUUCAUGGCAGGUUUAAAGUAGCGCGAAGACCAUUCGAUGAUAUUAUUCGUCACGGCUACAAGAUAUUUUUUGUGAAAUUGGCAUUAAUAUCGAUUCAGGCUUGUGCUAUGUGCUAUGGUCGUAUCUUUCUUUAUGUGGGGAAGCUUGCUUAGUACUCGUCCAUCAUCGUUGGUCGCUUGAAACGAUGAGCAUUGCACAUGUGCCAUGUUAGUGCCAUUGUAUUGCAACACGACAGUCAUCAAGUUUAAUAAUGAGUUGAAAGCAUGUUAUCGCGCUUUGAAACCUAGUCGACGCAACGGACAUUAUGAAAACCUGCGUAUGCGUAUCCCUAAGUGCUCAUCUUUACACGCCGCUUUCGAAACAAUGUGUUAGGGACCAAUGACACAAAGACGAAACUGACGCGCACGCAGUCAUGUAUAUUGGAAUGCACAUCUGAAAGGUUUGUCCUAUUUUCUUUUGUCCAAAAUUCUGUCCGAUUCAUGACUGAUUCUUCGUGGGGUUGGGAGGGAAAUGCGUAGCUCACGAGAUUGCUUUGAUCUCCCUGACGCUUUCUAAUGGACCUUCUUCACAACGGCCUACGCGCAUGCGCGUGACCUUGAGGCGCCGGACAUGGUUAUCUCCGUCGUCACUAGAUGGCGCAGUAUGUGGGGAGGCCGCACGAACGGCGCGAGCUCGUCGGUCCCAUUCCGGACCGGUUUUGGUCCUUUGUGCUACCCACGUGAAUUCUUGUUUUGGCGCGCGCCGAGCGUGGUUCGCUGGGGAUCCGCUAGGAUACGACGCAUAUGCGAAAAAAGGUCCGUUAUUUUGCGUUCUCACUUACCGUCGUCAAACGGCUUCUUGUUGAUUAUUCGCGCUUCGCGUUUUCCGGCAACGUUAUAGUCAAUGGGCAAUUAAGGUGCUGAAACGACGAACCAUCGGAAAAACUACCAUAAUUAGUGGGAACGGGGGCAGAUCUGUAGCGCCUCUCAGCGGACUUGACGAAGUGCUCGCGCCUCCGGCAUCGCACAGCGCGAGCGUGAAAUUCUUUGCUCAUUCCGAUCUCAGCUUUCGGGCCUGACGACCGAGCAAUUAACAGCCUCCUGCUCCUGCCCUUUUGGGGAAUUCUUGCCUCGUUUGCCUUCUUUCAGCGGCAGGAUGCAGUGCUUUGUCGUUAUUGCCGACGUGCUACUCAUGACUAGCUUCCCCAUCAUGUCAGCUUGAUGAAGACUGAAGUAACCGUCAAUGAUAUGUCGUGCUAGUACCCUUCAAUGUCACUGCGGAGGCAACGAUCGCAAACGGGGUUAACUUCUCAAGUAUAGCACAACAUCUUGACCUAAUAUUAGCAACACUCGGCCAGUAUUGGUCGAGUAUUGGACCAGUAUUGCUCAUGUUCAGCCAAUAUUUGGCCAGGGUGUUGUGCUGCUUGGGUUGAUGUCUUUUAGGCUUCUGAACGCCUUUCGAAACGUAUGAUUUUUUGUUUCUUGUCGUUCGCGCUUGCUCUGUGAGUAACAUUGAAAGACAAUGCAUAACGUUUGAAAGUGUGUGUGUUCCGGACA